GACGUAACAGUGUGACGCAUAGCAGCACUUGAGUCGGACAGUGCGAUCAGAAAGCCUGCCAGCCAGUUUACAGAAGAGACACACGGCGAGAACAGUCUCAGAAGGCAAGCAAGUUAAAAGCUAGUAGCCUACGAAAAUCCUCGAAGUCGCGCAAACCUGAGGAAUAUUUACAGGACUGGACCAAAACCCCCCUGAGACAACGAGUGAGAGAGAUUAAAAGAAAGAAGCAGUAGAGAGAGGACACCCUGUACUCUGUGUGGCUCCUGGAAGAAGUUUCCUGUAGGCCCCAGAUCCAGGAUCAGCUGCCCCUCCUCCAAUCUCAAUCUUAAUCUCAGGAGGGAAGCACACAACUGAACUGAAAUCAGCAUCUAGAGGAUAACUUCCUCCUAAUCCUGGCGUUUCCUGGCGACAGGUGUUUUUGAUCUACUUCCAGGAUUAGCGAGAGGAGCCACUGCUUAUAGGCUACCAUGCACCGCUUAAGGACUACGGUUGUUAGGCUACGGCCUAUCGCGGCCCCCCAGACAGCCAAGAGCCAAACACAGGCCAGGUUGGCAGCUGUGGGAGGGGCUUUGAGGACGUUUCAGCCAAUGAGGAGUUACACUGCGUCGGUGUCGGCCGAGCCUUUUCUGAAUGGGACUAGUUCUAAUUAUGUGGAAGAGAUGUACUACGCGUGGCUGGAGAACCCUAGGAGUGUACACAAGUCAUGGGAUAUUUUCUUCCGGAAUGCCAACGCGGGGGCGCCACCAGGCGCAGCCUAUCAGAGCCCUCCUCCUCUGGGAUUGGCUAACGCCCAGGCGAUGGUCGGGGUGCAACCUAACGUGGAGAAGCUGGUGGAGGACCAUCUGGCUGUACAGUCGCUUGUACGAGCAUACCAGAUUCGGGGUCACCACGUGGCACAGCUGGACCCUCUGGGCAUCAUGGCUGCCAUCGACCCAGGCCCUCCCCCCUCUGACAUCAUCACCUCCAAUGACAAAACUGGACCUCUCUGGGUAUAAAGAGCGCCUGUAUGAUCUUACUGCUGAAGAGUUCUAUGGUCUGGAUGAGUCCGACCUGGACAAGGUGUUCCGGCUCCCCACCACAACCUUUAUAGGGGGCAGCGAGAGCACUCUGCCCCUCCGAGAGAUCAUACAGCGCCUCGAGAUGGCGUACUGUCAGUCCAUUGGAGUAGAGUUCAUGUUCAUUAAUGACCUGGAGCAGUGCCAGUGGAUCAGACAGAAGUUUGAGAGGCCAGGCAUCAUGCAGUUCACCCUGGAAGAGAAGAGGACCCUGCUAGCCAGAAUGGUUCGAUCCACCAGGUUUGAGGAGUUCCUGCAGAGGAAAUGGUCAUCAGAGAAGCGUUUUGGCCUGGAGGGCUGUGAGUCUCUCAUCCCGGCCCUGAAGACCAUCAUAGACAAGUCCAGCAUGAACGGAGUGGAGAGCAUCAUCAUGGGCAUGCCUCACAGGGGGAGAUUGAAUGUGUUGGCUAAUGUGAUCCGUAAGGAGCUGGAUCAGAUCUUCUGUCAGUUUGACUCCAAGCUUGAGGCUGCUGAUGAGGGUUCUGGAGAUGUGAAGUACCACUUGGGGAUGUGGCACCGGAGGAUCAACCGGGUCACUGAUAGGAACAUCACACUGUCACUCAUGGCUAACCCUUCCCACCUGGAGGCUGUGGACCCAGUGGUGCAGGGCAAGACCAAGGCUGAGCAGUUCUACUGCGGGGACACAGAAGGCAACAGGGUGAUGUCCAUCCUGCUUCAUGGUGAUGCAGCGUUUGCAGGCCAGGGGGUUGUCUAUGAGACCUUCCACCUCUCUGACCUGCCCUCCUACACCACACAUGGCACUAUUCAUGUGGUGGUCAACAACCAGAUUGGUUUCACCACCGACCCCAGGGUGGCGAGGUCAUCCUCUUACCCUACAGAUGUGGCCAAGGUGGUGAACGCCCCCAUCUUCCAUGUCAACGCUGACGACCCCGAGGCUGUCAUGUACGUGUGUAAUGUCGCCGCCGAGUGGAGGGCAACCUUUCACAAGGACGUAGUCGUCGACCUGGUGUGUUACAGGCGUAACGGCCACAAUGAGAUGGACGAACCCAUGUUCACUCAGCCUCUGAUGUACAAGCAGAUCAAGAAGCAGAAAGGAGUCCUACAGAAAUACGCUGAGAAACUCAUAGUAGAGGGAGCUGUCACCAGACAGGAGUAUGAGGAGGAGAUUGCCAAGUAUGACAAGAUCUGCGAAGAGGCUCACGCUCGCUCCAAAGACGAGAAGAUUCUACACAUCAAACACUGGCUAGACUCACCCUGGCCCGGUUUCUUCAACAUGGAUGGCCAGCCCAAGAGUAUGACCAGUCCGUCUACAGGCCUGACUGAGGAGGAGCUGGGACACAUAGGACACAUUGCUUCAUCUGUCCCUGUGGAAGACUUCACUAUACAUGGAGGUCUGAGUCGUAUACUAAAGGGUCGUGCGGCGAUGGUGGGCCAGCGUGUGUGUGACUGGGCUCUAGGAGAGUACAUGGCCUUUGGCUCGCUGCUCAAGGAGGGGACACACAUACGUCUCAGCGGACAGGACGUGGAGAGAGGAACCUUCAGUCACAGACACCAUGUUCUCCAUGACCAGAAUGUAGAUAAGAGGAUCUGUAUUCCCAUGAACCACAUCGCUCCUAACCAGGCUCCAUACACUGUCUGUAACAGCUCUCUGUCAGAGUACGGAGUACUGGGUUUCGAACUGGGUUUUGCCAUGGCUAGUCCCAAUGCUCUGGUUCUGUGGGAGGCCCAGUUUGGGGACUUCCACAAUACAGCCCAGUGUAUCAUAGACCAGUUCAUCUGCCCAGGACAGGCCAAGUGGGUCAGACAGAACGGAAUAGUCCUACUGCUACCCCAUGGCAUGGAAGGAAUGGGUCCAGAGCACUCGUCAGCCCGACCAGAGAGGUUCCUGCAGAUGUGUAAUGAAGACCCGGAUGCAUACCCUAAAUUCUCUGCUGAGGAGUUUGCUGUGCGUCAGCUGUAUGACUGUAACUGGAUCAUAGUCAACUGCUCUACACCAGCUAACUACUUCCACGUCCUCCGUAGACAAAUACUACAGCCCUUCAGGAAGCCUCUGAUAGUCUUCACCCCCAAGUCUCUGCUGCGCCACCCUGACGCCAAGUCCAACUUUGACGACAUGCUGACAGGUACCCACUUCCAGCGUCUGAUCCCAGACAGUGGUCCUGUGUGUGAGAAGCCAGAUGGGGUGAAGAGGAUUGUGUUCUGUACUGGGAAGGUCUACUAUGAACUGACCCGAGAACGCAAGAACAGAGGAAUGGAUAAUACUGUGGCCAUUGCACGCAUAGAGCAGCUCUCUCCCUUCCCGUUUGACCAGGUGAAGGUGGAGACAGAUCGUUAUCCCAACGCUGACCUGGUGUGGUGCCAGGAAGAGCACAAGAACCAGGGUUACUAUGACUACGUCAAACCCCGCCUCCGCACCACCGUUGACCGCACCCGCCCCGUUUGGUAUGCUGGUCGUGGGCCAGCAGCAGCUCCAGCUACAGGGAACAAAGCAGCUCACCUGGUGGAGUUACAACGCUUCCUAGAUACAGCUUUUAACCUGGACGCAUUCACUGGGCAGUCCUAACACGCUUAUACUAUACUCCCUAUGCCCUAUACCCCUCCAUCUCAACUCUGGACCUCCCAGCCAGUCCUAACACGCUUAUACUAUAAUCCCUAUGCCCUAUACCCCUCCAUCUCAACUCUGGACCUCCCAGCCAGUCCUAACACGCUUAUACUAUAAUCCCUAUGCCCUAUACCCCUCCAUCUCAACUCUGGACCUCCCAGCCAGUUCCACUGCAUUUUUUCAUUGUCCCCUCUAAUCAGGGACUGAUUUAGACCUGGGACACCAGGUGGGUGCAAUUAAUUAUCUGGUAGAACAGAAAACCAGCAGGCUCCGGACCUCGUAGGGCUGAAUACCACUGACCUAUACACCACACACUACCCUUACCUCACCUGCUGAAGUUACACUGCUUUUUAGUCAGGUUUUAACCUGGAUGUAUACACUUGAGUCUUAGUAGACUUAUACCCUAGACUCUAACCCCAACACCCUUAAUCCUACUCGUAUCCCUAAACCAGCAAACACUGGAUAGUCUUAACACCCUGAACCCUCAUUCAGUUUCUCUAUAUUAUGUAUAUAUCAAGACACACUAUGAACUAUCUGCUAUGAAAGACCUUAGAUACAAUGAUACGCACACUGACUGACCAUAGGUCCUCUUGCACUGUUGAGCAAUAUAGGGAAAUGUCCAUGCAGUUUGACAAUGGAUCCAUUUUAAGAGGAAUGUAUUCAACCAUACAAAUGCCCUCCAUUUUCCUCUCUCACUUUCUAUCUCUCACUACUCAUUCUCCAUUUUCUCCAUCCCUCUCUUCCUGUGUUUUAACCUUCUUUCAUUUAUUCUUCCCAUUCAUCAUCUCUUUCAUUCCCCUCUUAUUCUUUCUCUUUUCUUGACCACUCACCUCCUUCUCUUUUCUCCUCCUCCCUACUUUUCCCUCUCUUCCACCUCCUGUGCCAAAUGUCAACAAACUGUUGGGAGAUGAGAAAUGACUAUUAUAUUAUAUAAAAACAGUGUAUAAGCUUUGCUAGUAACUUAUGAAGAGACGAGGUAAAAAUGCCUACUGGUCUGGAUCUCUUUCGGACUAAGUAAAGGAUUUAUUUAUUUCCGCAUAGUGUUCUGUUUGUUUAAUCAUUUAUUCAUUCAAUAAAGACAUUGUUGGUGUCA